CUUCCUUCCGCCGCCGCCGGCAGCGAACCAAGGAGCGCCCGCGGACGUCAUCGGCGCUUAACACGGUUUAGGUUUGGCCGCCACUCCUCAGCCACUUUUUACUAUGCCUCGGCUCGGGAGAGCGUUGGACAAUGGCCGGGUCACGAUAUCGACCUGCCAAUGCACAUGCCUCCGAACUGACUCCUUUUCAAACACUGACCUCCAGCAAUACACUGCGCCCUUCCUCCUCACACCCACACUCUCCGCAACCAUGGCGACGCUCAUCCGCCCACCGCCCGAGAAAACCAGCCAGUCGCAAAUCGAGAAUGUCCUCGAGCUGACCGAGCUGACUGACAUCGACCCCGACCUGUUCACCAACACCCGCCCCAUGUGGCAUCCGCCGAGCGCCAGAGGCAUCUUUGGCGGUGCUGCGAUCGCGCAGACGCUUGCUGCGGCCCAGAAGACGAUUCCCAAGGACUUCACUGUGCACUCGAUGCACUGCUACUUUGUGCUGGCCGGGAACGCUGAGAUUCCCAUCAUCUACCAUGUCGAGCGCGUUCGGUCAGGCAAGUCGUUUGCGACCAGAACCGUGCAGGCACGACAGCGGGGCAAGGUCAUCUUCACCACGACCAUGUCCUUCGUACGUCAGAACAGCGGAGGAGAGAAGCUGGUCGAGCACUCAUAUCCCAUGCCAGACGUCCCGGACCCAGAGGAUGGAUUGGACCACCUGGACACCCACGGCGGUGACGACGGGCCGUUCCAGAGCCAGCAGCUGCCCAUUGAGAAUGACAGCUCUCCCUUUCCUCACACCAAGAAGUGCAGGCAAUGGGUGAAAGCACGCGGCACCAUUUCUCCCGAGGGCGGGCACGAAGCACAUCUCUCCGCCAUUGCCUACAUGUCAGACAGCUACUUCAUCGGAACUGUCGCCCGCGUCCACAAGCUUGUGCGCUACUCCCCGCAACGCAAGAGCAAGUCCAAGUCCACCAUCGACGAGGAUGUUCUCAAGAAGCUGCUCGCCAUGGACGACGCAGAGCUGAAACGCCAGGAGUACUUGGCCGAAGCAGACAUCAAGCGCAUUCAGAGGGUGCGCAAUGGCGACAGGCCCAAGAAGAGCGAGACCCCAGAGAUCGGCAUGAUGGUCAGUCUUGACCACACCAUCUACUUCCACAACCCUCGAGACUUCAGGGCAGACGAGUGGCUCUUCACCGAGACGGAGACAACCUGGGCUGGUGACGGUCGCGGUCUGGUGUUCCAGAGGAUAUAUACGCGCAACGGCAAGCUGGUCGCCAGCUGCGUACAAGAGGGAUUGUUGCGACUGAAGCAGACUGACAGCACGCCCAAGCUGUAGUCAAGGGUCACCUGUGUACAUUCACCAUGUACUUGUCAUUCGGCGACGCGUUAGACAUAUUUGCGCAUGCAUUCUAGAUUUGAUACCAAAUUCAUCCAUUCCCCUUGACAAA